CGUGAUUCUGAGCGGAAGCUUGACUGUUGGCGGUCAUCUGACUCUUUUCCUGUUGGGACAGAAAAGUUUUGAAACCCCACCCUCCGCGCUGCCUGUGUGAGCACCGACGUGAAGUGGGUCGAGUAUCAGGCGGGUGAGCGCUGCCCGAGCCGGGGGAAUGUGAUUGGAAGUUACGAUGGAGCCGCUGCGCUGUGUGGACGUCACCGGGACCGAGUGGAGCUCCGAGCUGCACCGGGCGGUGCGCUGAAACCCCACCGAGAGAGAGCGCGCGCGCGAGAGAGCGCGAGCUAACGGGAUUCACUUCUGUCGCAGGAAAGUAAAGUCGAGCAGGUCCGAGGAGCUCUUCCUGUUCCAAAGUCUGCGUGUUUUUUAGCGCUUUAACCCCAUCAUUGAGCUGCUCGCCAUGGGGGGCGCGUGGACCCUCCGCCUCAGAGGGACGCGGGGUUUCCUGACGGGGUCCCGGAGCGCUCACGCGCGCUUGCUGGAUGUUCGGUCUCUCUAAGGCUGGCUGGUUGGCUGGACAGAAGGCUCUUUUCCUGCCAUUCUUCUCCGCCUCGCGGCGCUUCCUGCUCGCGGUGACCGCAGCAUUUAAUGGCUACAAACACAGAAAUGCCUUCAAAUGGACACAUGGAUGUUUGGGGUUGCUGGAGCAACAUUCACAGGUGUUUCACUGAUCGAAUUGAGUGUAAAUAAGAGCUCAACAGGUGGUAAAUUGGAAGAAAAAACAUUUAUUCAUAGGGAUUGAAGAGUCACAACACAGAGUAGUAGAAUGAUGUUUUGCUCAUAUUAUAUGUUAGAAAGCUCACACAGAUUGUUGGUGUUUAUUCUGAAAGGAUUAAGAAUGAAACAUCUCCUGUUGAGAUGGAGAGGUCUGACAAAGAGUUGACUCUCUGCUGUCUUUGACGCCACUCCUGUCUGUCCAAAUUUUGCACACAUUUCUUUGGUCCCUGAUGAGCCAACAAGAAAGACAGGAAAGGGAGCGAGGCGUCAUAAAGUACUCCUUUGUACUUUAUUUUCCAACCCCCGGUGUGCUAAGUCGGAUCCAGUCAAAACAUCUGCUGGAGGCUCCAUGGAGCCGCUGAAGAACAUAUUCAGUCGCAGCUCAUUGUCGAACUGGAAAAACUUGGAUCAGUCGCAAAAGGGGAACUUCACCAACCCUGUAUGGACGGCCUUGUUUGACUAUGAGGCGUCUUGUAAAGAUGAGCUCACCUUGCGGAAAGGUGACCUGGUGGAGGUGCUUUCUCUGGACUCAGAGAUUUCUGGGGAUGAGGGCUGGUGGGCAGGUAAGGUCAACAACAAGGUGGGCAUCUUCCCAUCCAACUAUGGCUCCUUCAAGCCCAGCGGAUAUGCGAAGCUCCCCAACAGUGGCGUGGUUAGUGAGCUUGGCCAGGCUGUGGUGGCCCAGUUCGAACCCGCAGACGUGGAUUUCCGGGAGCUGAGCUUGGAGGAGGUGAUUGGGGUUGGGGGCUUUGGGAAAGUGUAUCGCGGUACAUGGAGAGGAGAGCUGGUGGCAGUAAAGGCGGCCCGCCAGGACCCUGACGAGGACAUCAGUGUGACGGCCCAGAAUGUGAUGCAGGAGGCUCGGCUGUUUGCCAUGCUCACCCACCCCAACAUCAUCACCCUGAAGGGCGUGUGCCUGCAGGAACCCAACCUGUGCCUCAUCAUGGAGUACGCGUCUGGUGGGCCGCUGAGCCGAGCGCUGGCCGGCCGCCGCAUCCCACCCCACGUCCUGGUCAACUGGGCCGUGCAGAUUGCCAGAGGGAUGCUGUACCUGCACAGUGGGGCCAUCGUCCCAGUCAUCCACCGGGACCUCAAGUCCAACAACAUCCUCCUGGCUCAGCCCAUAGAGAAUGAAUGUAUGGAGGGUCUGACUCUGAAGAUCACCGACUUUGGCCUGGCCAGAGAGUGGCACAAGACCACGAAGAUGAGCACUGCUGGCACUUACGCCUGGAUGGCCCCUGAAGUCAUCAAGUCGUCCACGUUCUCCAAAGGCAGCGACGUCUGGAGCUAUGGCGUUCUGCUGUGGGAGCUGCUGACAGGAGAGGCGCCGUACAGAGGGAUUGAUGGACUUGCUGUUGCCUAUGGGGUUGCUGUCAACAAACUCACCCUGCCCAUCCCCUCCACCUGCCCCGAGCCCUUCGCACAGCUCAUGUCAGAAUGCUGGGACCAGGACCCUCACCGGAGGCCCAACUUCAGCUCCAUCCUGACGCAGCUGAUGGCGCUGGAGGAGCAGGUGAAGGAGGAGAUGCCACAAGACUCCUUCCACUCGCUGCAGGAGGACUGGAAGCUCGAGAUUCAGGACAUGUUUGAUGAGCUGCGGUCAAAGGAAAAGGAGCUGCGGUGCCGUGAGGAAGAGCUGAAGCGAGCAGCGCUGGAGCAGAAGUCCCACGAGGAGUUCCUGCGGCAGCGCGAGCAGCAGCUGGCUCAGUGGGAGCAGGACGUGUUCGAGCGCGAGCUCAGCCUCCUCAUCCUCCACAUGAACCAGAACCAGGAGAAGCCCAACGUCAAGAAGAGGAAGGGCACCUUCAAGAAGCACAAGCUGAAGAGCAAGAACGGCGAGAAGAUCAGCAUGCCUCAAGAUUUCAUCCAUAAAAUCACAGUGCAGGCGUCCCCGGGCCUGGAGAAGAGGAGGAACUCGCCGGAUUUGGGUUCGGGCUCCUCGCCCUCCUUCGGCCCACGUUUUCGUGCAAUCCAACUGAGUCCCAGUGAGAGCAGCAGGACGUUUGGCCUCAGCCCCGUCUGGCCGUUGGAGGCGCCCUCGCUCAAGCAGGCCAACGGAGACCUCAGGUUGAACACCCACUGGAGGCCCCAGAGCCCCAAGAGCCCCAAAAGUCCUAAAGUGCUGAGGCUGAGCCCGCAGGAGAGCAGCCUCUCGAUGAGAGCCAAGCUCCUGGAGUCGGACAGCAAUGAAAAUGGAGACACCAUGGAUGACUUUGAGGAGUACCGAUCCACUACACCGACGCCCUCCUUCGCUCAGAACGGCUCCUCCGUGAAGGACAGCCUGCGGCUCCCUCCCUCUCAGGGAGACUCGGGGAGCGAGGAAGGGGGUUAUUCCCCGGCUGGCUCCCCCAUGUCAGAGAGGGGCUCUCCGGGUGGAGUGAUAAAGAACACGCACCGGGCUCUGCUCGUCUGCGGCUCCCUCCUGGCUUCUGUAGGAGUCGGCCGCUGCCUGGACGUUCCCCCCAGGGUGCCCCCCCGAACCAAUCCGCCAUCAGAGGACCGCGGGCUCUCAGAACUCGAGAUCUCCCACCCCAAACCCCUGAUUUCGGAUCCCCCAGUGGUGGACGACCUCAUCACCUUCUCCACCUCUGAGCCCCUCCCCCGACCGCUGCUGGAUUUAGCCCUGCAGUACCAGGAACUCAAGCCCCUGCCCCUGACGCCGCCUCCGCCGAACCCCCGCGAGAGGGCCGGCCCCCGAACGCCGCAGACCACGCACAGUACGCAGAGCUCCUUCCAGCAGGACGGGGUCACCCCUGGAGAAUGGACCGCCAGUUCUGGCUCCAGCAACGGCGAGCUGAGCUGUGACGCCUGGGAGCACCGCGCCGACAGGAGGAGGAGGUCCAGCCACGGCCUGCACGCGUCUCAGCUCGAACUGGACUUGCCCUUGUGCCAAGACGCACAGGACUCGGAGGAGAAGUCUCUGGUGCCCUACUAUCUCCACCCCAACCCCGCCCUGUGGAGUCCCAAAACCCGCCGCCUGGAGGUCAGCGUCAUCCCCCGGCCUCGCCCGUCUCCCAUCCGGCCCCGCAUCGACCCCUGGAGCUUCAUCUCAGCGGGCGGCGGGCACGCGGCAAGCGCUCGAAGUCCAGUCCGUUCCGACAACAGCUUGAUGGGAUACCAGCCGUCACCCACAAACCCCUUCACCAACUGCGACCCCUUCCCUUCCCCGGACUGCGACCCCUUUGCGCUCAAAGCAGACCCCUCGAGCAGCUCAGAAGUGGCGACCCCCUUCGACCCUUUCUCCACUCCCUUCCCCACCUCCCGCUCCGCCCCCUGCUCCGCCAACGGCUCUCCCACGCUGCCGUCGUUCCGCGUGGCGCCCAUCAACCCGGCAGACUCCUCCCUCAUCGACCUCAGCUGGACGGCCUGCAGCAAGCCUCUGGAUAUGACCAAAGAGAGGGCUCACCCCCGCAGGACUCUGGGGCUGAAACCCUUCAAGUCCCCCACUCAGCUGCGAGAUGACAGGUUCUGAGAACAGCGCCCCCCAUCACGGAGUUUGGGAACUGCAGCUUUUAUCACUCUACUGACGUUAUGAGGAGCAGUCUGUGUGGGGCGGCAGCCUGUCAGAAAAAGCAGAAAGCCAGGUAAAGGUGGCACAGGGGAUUGUGGGACAGCUGCCCGUGAACUGAUAGCUGGUGCUCGUUUCCUUCUUCUUGUCUGCUCCCCUUUGAAGGAGCAGAAUCUGAUCCUCAGAUUCCAUCAGCCGCCUCCUAUCAGCUGCUUUCAUCUCCCGCCUGCCUUUGAAGCAUUGUGACAACGCAGAGGUGGAUGAGGCGGCUUGCACAGCUUCCUCCGCCUCUACCUCUCUGCAGACUGAAAGCAUUCGGGACAAUGAGAAAAAAUCAGAGUGCCUUAUUUUGUGAAGUGUUUUUAAUAAAUGUCUUCUCAAGGUUC